UUAGGGCGGACGGGGCCUACUAAGCUAAUGAUGCAUAUUAUCCUCGGUUUCUCAUGAGGUGAAGCUUCAAAGCUUCCACGAGUGAGCGAAAUUUAAGCUCCUUUUGCAUUGCAAGCUUUCAAUGCUUUACCGCUGAUCGAACAGAAAUACGCACACGCAGUUGGAUGAUCUAAGCAAGUGAAUUCCCGGAAAGAUAAAGUGGGACGCGGGCCUUGUUAAAGGGAAGCCGGAGGCAGAAGAGGGGCAGCCGUGAUACCCGGACACCAUGGAGAAUCACUUGCCUAGCUGUGCAAAUGAGUCAGUUGCAGACGCCAUCCAGCAAGGGGGGGGCAGAGUAUGCUGGGAGGAGGGGGAGGGCAGGCUGGGCCAGGGCGAAGGAAGCAAGCAAGGGGUCACGGAGGAUGAGAAGAUCGAGGAAGAAGGAGGUCGAAGCCCCCAUCUGUGUCCCAGCCCAGCAGGCUUGUGCAUGUGUGGGAAGGAGGGGUGUGACCAGGCCAGUGUGCCGUCCCUGGGGGAGGACCAGCAGCAGGAUGGAGGGAUCCAGCUCCUGGUUUCAAGUGCCCACGAAUCUGAAGAAGCAGUGGGUGGACAGCGCCCCUCGGAGGCCCCUAAUACUGCACCUACAGGGAAUGAGGCCAUGAUGGAGCCAGGAGAACAAGAUGGGGCUGGAUGGAGGGAGGAGCCGGAGGAGGACCCACCAUCCCCUGGAGGGGGGGCAAUUUCGAGUGACAGGGAGGAGGAGAGGACAGCCCCCAGCCUCAGUGAAGGCCUGGGAAUCACACAGGGAGCCCAGUCUUUCCCAGAGCUAUCUCCCAGCCGGGAAUCGUUCUCUUCUGAACUGCCAUGCUUUUCCCAGGAAUCGGGAGAUGCUCUGAAACCUCGCUCCAUUUCCAGCAGGACUCCCAGCCUGUCCUCGGACACACCAGAGGGUCACCAAGGAGAGGUGGACGAGGCCCUCAGCACAGAUGCCAGCUUGGGCCCCAGGUUCCAGCAUGCGGUGUGUCUGCCGCUAGUGUCGGAGGGUCUCAAGCUGCUGUGGAUCCAGCCGGAUCAGACGGAUGAUCUAGACGGCGUGCCCGAGCUGGUAGAAGUCUUUAACUCGUUUCCGUACCCAACGCAGCAGGAGGCUGCAUCACUGGCCCGUCGCUGCGCCCUGCCCCUGGACCAGGUCAAGGCGUGGUUCAUGGUACAGCGCAUCCGCUACGGCAUCAGCUGGGCCACAGAAGAGAUCGAGGAGGCACGUCACAAGGUGUUUGGCCCACCACCACCUGCACCAUGCACCUCCUCGGCAGGGGGUCAUCCCGUAGGGGAUCCAGACUCGGCCCCACCAUUGCCACACCCUCACCACUGGUCACAAGUGUCUGCCAGCCCAAUGUUUGCUGUGGCGCCCCCGUGUGGUCGACCCCAUGGCCGAAACGGAAACUUGAGGGCGCGGUGGUGCGGCAUUGACGGACGCGGCUGGCCCUCUGAGGCAGAGAUCCGAUGGCUGCGGGCCAAGACUGGACUCGCUCACGUCGACAUCCACCGCUGGUUUGCUGACGGUCACCGCCGGCAGAAGGAGCUUAUGAAUAGGCUGGUAUGGGACCCGCAUCCCUUGGGGACUCCCAGAGCCAGGAAACGGGGACGCCGGGUAGGGGAACACUUCUCUGGGAGGGGAGAGGCUGGAGUUGCGCGUCACGCAGAAAUGGAAGAGGGGGGCUUCGGUGAGGAAGGCCCACGCUGUGUUCCCCCUCCGCCCUGCUCGCCUACGCUGGGGGCAAGCGGCCGUCUGCGCAAGAGGACCAGGGAACAGUUGAAGCAGCAUUUCCUACGCUGCUUACGGCCUGGUGGCAAGGGUAACCGGAAUAACCUGAGGACGGAUAGUGGGCGGGAGCAGGGAGUGGCCAAGUUGAAGAGGCAAGGCACAGGAGGGGCGUGGCCUGAGGAGGAGGGCUGGUGCAACUUUGGGGAAGGUGCCCCUCCUCAUAUCUACAGUGUCGAACACGGGGGCACUGACUGCCAUGCCAAGGCACCCAACGCAGGUGUUACAGGCUGCAAUGCAGACCUACACCAUGAGGGGGCAUUGCAGGGCCGAGGCAUGGAUGUCAUGAGCCAGGGGAACCGGCAAGAUGAGGUGGAGGUCAGUAUCAGUGACUGAGACAUGCUGUAGGACACGGCUGGUUUGGCACGUUCUGCUGAGCUGCCCAGUUUGUGAUUUUCAGCUCUUGCUAGCUGAGUGCUGGUUAAAUGCUGAAGGCCUUGUGAGUGUAGCCUGUGAUGAUGCACUAUGGAUUCACAUAGGCCAUAAUAAACAUGUGAAACGUGUUACCCCAUCUGGCCUGCUGUAUGGAUCAACAUGGAUAGUGUGUUAUUCAGGGCUGUAGUCUUGUGUUCGGGGUCACGUGUAACUAUGAUCCCCUUCUUCUCUGAGCUGUGCACUUUGGCCACACGAGGGAGAAUCCUAGUCUGGAGAAGAAUUCAAGUUCACUUGUGAGGGUCAGAUUCCCUUUACAGAUGAUCCCUGUUACUAGGAAACGCACUUGCAUUGCUGCAUCAUUUGGGCCUGAGCCUUUAGAUUUGUCCACUCGAGAUUUCUUUUUCUUUUUUAUAUCUUGUUUCUAAUAAACUGAACUUUGUCGUAA